UGUGUGAGUGCAGGCAGGCUGACAAUGAUUUCCUCAGUGAUUACGUACAGAGCGAGUCCCUGCGGGUUAGGGGCCCCCUCUGGAGCCAUCCUGAUGGCUUUGGGGGCCUUGCUUCCAUUUUCCAUUAUUAUGUGGACUACCGGAGCGACAGCGCAGUCCAAGACCUUGCAGGAUGUCUCGCCGCAAGCAAGCGAAACCGAGAUCCCUCAAAGACCCCAACUGUAAACUUGAAGACAAGACUGAAGAUGGAGAGGCAAUAGAUUGUAAGAAGAGGCCGGAAGACGGGGAGGAAUUGGAAGAUGAAGCUGUGCACAGCUGUGACAGCUGCCUCCAGGUGUUUGAAUCACUGAGCGAUAUCACAGAACACAAGAUUAAUCAAUGUCAGCUGACAGAUGGAGUGGAUGUUGAAGAUGAUCCCUCUUGCUCCUGGCCAGCUUCCUCACCUUCUAGCAAGGACCAGACUUCCCCUAGUCAUGGAGAAGGUUGUGAUUUUGGAGAGGAAGAAGGUGGCCCUGGACUUCCAUACCCAUGUCAAUUCUGUGACAAGUCGUUUAGCCGCCUCAGCUACCUAAAGCACCAUGAGCAGAGUCAUAGUGACAAACUGCCUUUCAAGUGCACCUACUGCAGUAGGCUGUUCAAACACAAGCGGAGCAGAGAUCGCCAUAUAAAACUCCACACUGGGGACAAGAAGUACCACUGCAGUGAAUGUGAUGCUGCGUUCUCCAGAAGUGAUCAUUUGAAGAUCCACUUAAAGACUCACACAUCCAACAAGCCAUACAAAUGUGCCAUUUGUCGCCGUGGGUUCCUGUCCUCUAGUUCCUUACACGGACAUAUGCAGGUUCACGAGAGGAACAAGGACGGUUCCCAGGCUGGUUCCAGGAUGGAGGACUGGAAGAUGAAGGACACUCAGAAGUGCAGUCAGUGUGAGGAAGGCUUUGAUUUCCCAGAAGACCUCCAGAAGCAUAUUGCAGAGUGCCACCCAGAAUGCUCCCCCAACGAGGACCGUGCUGCCCUCCAGUGUGUCUACUGCCAUGAGCUCUUUGUUGAGGAGACUUCCCUCAUGAACCACAUAGAGCAGGUGCACAGUGGGGAGAAGAAGAACUCAUGCAGCAUUUGUUCUGAGAGUUUCCUCACAGUCGAGGAACUGUAUAGCCACAUGGACAGUCACCAGCAACCAGAGUCAUGCAAUCACAGCAACAGCCCCUCCUUGGUCACAGUGGGCUACACUUCUGUGUCCAGUACGACACCAGAUUCCAACCUCUCAGUGGACAGCUCAACAAUGGUGGAGGCUGCCCCACCAAUCCCAAAGAGUCGAGGGAGGAAGAGGGCUGCUCAGCAAACCCCUGAUAUGACUGGCCCCUCAAGUAAACAAGCAAAAGUUACCUAUAGCUGUAUUUACUGCAAUAAGCAGUUAUUUUCGAGUCUUGCAGUUCUGCAGAUUCACCUGAAAACUAUGCAUUUAGAUAAGCCAGAACAGGCCCAUAUUUGUCAGUAUUGCUUGGAGGUGUUGCCUUCACUCUAUAACCUAAAUGAACAUCUUAAGCAAGUGCACGAAGCUCAAGACCCAGGUCUGAUUGUUUCUGCCAUGCCUGCCAUAGUCUACCAGUGUAACUUCUGUUCUGAAGUUGUCAAUGACCUCAACACUCUUCAGGAACAUAUCCGAUGUUCUCAUGGAUUUGCAAAUCCUGCAGCUAAGGAUAGUAAUGCUUUCUUUUGUCCCCAUUGCUAUAUGGGGUUUCUCACAGACUCUUCCCUUGAAGAGCAUAUAAGACAGGUCCAUUGUGACCUCAGUGGCUCCCGAUUUGGGUCUCCAGUGCUUGGGACUCCAAAAGAACCAGUAGUAGAAGUCUAUUCUUGUUCCUAUUGUACCAAUUCGCCAAUAUUCAACAGCGUUCUUAAACUGAAUAAGCAUAUCAAAGAGAAUCAUAAAAACAUUCCCUUGGCCCUGAAUUAUAUUCACAAUGGGAAGAAAUCCAGGGCCUUGAGUCCCCUUUCUCCUGUGGCCAUUGAGCAGACAUCUCUUAAAAUGAUGCAGGCAGUAGGAGGUGCACCUGCACGUCCAGCCGGAGAAUAUAUCUGUAAUCAGUGUGGUGCUAAGUACACGUCCCUAGAUAGCUUUCAGACUCACCUAAAAACUCAUCUAGACACUGUGCUUCCAAAAUUGACCUGUCCUCAGUGCAACAAGGAAUUCCCUAAUCAAGAGUCCUUGCUGAAGCAUGUUACCAUUCACUUUAUGAUCACUUCUACGUAUUACAUCUGUGAGAGUUGUGAUAAGCAGUUCACAUCAGUGGAUGACCUCCAGAAACACCUGCUGGAUAUGCACACCUUUGUCUUCUUCCGCUGCACCCUCUGCCAAGAAGUAUUUGACUCCAAAGUCUCCAUUCAACUCCACUUGGCUGUGAAGCACAGUAAUGAAAAGAAAGUCUAUAGGUGCACAUCCUGCAACUGGGACUUCCGCAAUGAGACUGACCUGCAGCUCCAUGUGAAGCACAACCACCUAGAGAAUCAAGGAAAAGUACACAAGUGUAUUUUCUGCGGUGAGUCCUUCGGCACUGAGGUGGAGCUGCAGUGCCAUAUCACCACUCACAGUAAAAAGUAUAACUGCAAGUUUUGCAGCAAAGCCUUCCACGCCAUUAUUUUGCUAGAGAAACACUUGCGGGAAAAGCAUUGUGUGUUUGAAACCAAGACACCCAACUGUGGGACAAACGGAGCUUCUGAGCAAGUGCAGAAGGAGGAAGUAGAGCUACAGACCUUGCUGACCAACAGCCAGGAGUCCCACAACAGUCAUGAUGGGAGCGAGGAAGAUGUUGACACCUCUGAGCCUAUGUAUGGAUGUGACAUUUGUGGAGCAGCCUACACUAUGGAAACUCUGCUACAGAAUCACCAGCUCCGGGACCACAACAUCAGACCUGGAGAAAGUGCCAUCGUGAAAAAGAAAGCCGAGCUCAUUAAGGGGAAUUACAAGUGUAACGUGUGCUCUCGAACCUUCUUCUCUGAAAAUGGCCUCCGUGAACAUAUGCAGACUCACCUAGGCCCUGUCAAACACUAUAUGUGCCCCAUUUGUGGAGAACGAUUUCCCUCCCUUUUAACCCUAACUGAACACAAAGUCACACAUAGUAAGAGUCUUGAUACAGGAAACUGCCGGAUUUGCAAGAUGCCUCUCCAGAGUGAAGAGGAAUUCUUAGAGCAUUGUCAAAUGCACCCUGACUUGAGGAAUUCCCUUACAGGAUUCCGCUGUGUGGUGUGCAUGCAGACAGUGACCUCCACGUUGGAACUCAAAAUCCAUGGGACAUUCCACAUGCAAAAGACAGGGAAUGGGUCAGCAGUCCAGACCACAGGGCGUGGCCAACAUGUCCAGAAACUGUACAAGUGUGCAUCUUGCCUCAAAGAAUUCCGUUCCAAGCAAGAUCUGGUGAAACUUGACAUCAAUGGCCUGCCAUAUGGUCUGUGUGCUGGCUGCGUGAACCUCAGUAAGAGUGGUAGCCCAGGCAUCAACAUCCCUCCUGGUACGAAUAGACCAGGCUUGGGCCAGAAUGAGAAUCUGAGUGCCAUUGAGGGUAAAGGCAAGGCAGGGGGACUGAAGACUCGCUGCUCUAGCUGCAACGUUAAGUUUGAGUCUGAAAGUGAACUCCAGAACCACAUCCAAACCGUCCACCGAGAGCUCGUGCCAGAUAGCAACAGCACACAGUUGAAAACUCCACAAGUAUCGCCCAUGCCCAGAAUCAGUCCCUCCCAGUCGGAUGAGAAGAAGACCUACCAAUGCAUCAAGUGUCAGAUGGUUUUCUACAAUGAAUGGGAUAUUCAGGUUCAUGUUGCAAAUCACAUGAUUGUACUCGAAGGUAAAUAUACCUGUACUUCCACCAGUGCCAGAAGUCCCAGAUGUGAGGGCAUUAAUAAUGAAGGAUUAAACCAUGAGUGCAAACUCUGCAGCCAAACCUUCGACUCCCCUGCCAAACUCCAGUGCCACCUGAUCGAGCACAGCUUCGAAGGAAUGGGGGGUACCUUCAAGUGUCCAGUCUGCUUCACAGUGUUUGUUCAAGCAAACAAGUUGCAGCAGCAUAUUUUCUCUGCUCAUGGACAGGAAGACAAGAUCUAUGACUGUACACAAUGUCCACAGAAGUUUUUCUUCCAAACAGAGCUGCAGAAUCAUACGAUGACCCAACAUAGCAGUUAGUGCAAGUACGGUCUCUCAAGGAGAAUUUCGUUUGUGGCACAAAAAGGGAACAUGUUUUACUCUUUGCACGAAAUUUUCAUUGUUAAUGUAUAUUAUUCAAAACAUUGUAUUGUACCAUAAAACUUGUAUUAUCAAAACUGUUGGAUGUUCAUGUGUUUGAACUUUUGAGCACCAGAUAGACUCCUUGUAUAUAAAGUGUUGCACAUGUAUUAUGUCGUCUGAUACUAAAAUGGUCUUAUAAAGACAAGUGGACUUGGGCCCUAUUCAGGCAAGAUUUUUAAAAAAAAUGUGUGAGCAAAAUGGCUUAAGAGAAAGUAAUUUUAAGGAAGACAGAUUAAAAACAACGGUUACACAUGAGACUAUGUUUGGACUUCCUUUUAUUUAUACUUAAGCCUGGAAUUUCUCUUUUGGUAUAUCAACGGUUAAAUCCAAGACUAUUUUUAUUGCUGAAGAUUCUUGCAAACCAUGAAGAGAUGUUCUCACAGAACAGAACCCCACAGCUGGAUAAGGCCCGUAUAUAUAUUUGUAAGCCUUGCAAUGUGACAGGUAGCAUCACUAUAUAUGCAAUAGUUGUUAUGUAGACUGUCAAAGAUUUUUUUUUUCCUGGAUACAUUUGAAGCUUUGAGUGUUCAAGGUUUUCCUUAAUGAUUUCACACGGCCAAAUUCUUGAAUCAGUUGAACUAACCUGUAUGUUACUGUUAUUAAUGUUUACUCUGCGGUCUGAACCUGGAGAUUACUGGAAUUGUUUUCCAAGAGGAAAUAAAUUCAGUUUACCAUUAGGUAUGAUUGUA